AUGACUUCUCUGAUUAGGCGUUUGUUUUCUUGGAUCUCAGCCGAACCAGAGGAGCUCAAAAUAUCUCCACCUCCUCCACCAAUGGUGCUGGUAGUUCCGAGAGAUGAUUUAUAUCCAAAACAAAAGCCAAAAAUUGUUGAAAAAACUUAUGCUGAAGUCCAAACAGAUUCCAGUAUUAAAUCUCAGGUUACUCGAGAAAUUGAAACAGAACCAGUUAACUUUGAUAUCAGAAAAUUCGAUAAAUCUUUCGAUAAAUCACAAUUCGAAAACAAACAGCCUGAAUUCCUUAAACCUAAGUCAUUUAUCACAGAAAAUCAAUUCACACCGAAUAAAUACGGCUUUCAAACUGAUUCAUCUCAACAAUCAAGAGUUACAGUUAAAAUUCCAGAAAUAUCGCGACCAAUUUACUCUCAAAUGUCUAGUUCCAAACCGCAAUUUGUAUUUAACGAGGAAUCAGAGAUCAAUGCUCCGCCACAAGAAAUUUCCGAAGAAAAAUCUCCUCAAAUGUCAUCAAGUUCUUCAAUUAACUUCGAAUUUUACAGAGAAGAAGAGGACAGACAUCCAACAACCUCUGAAUCUUCACAGUCAUCCCAAGAUUCCCAAUCAGAAAAAUCUAAUUCAUCAAAUUCUUCAUCUAUACAAUCUCCUGUUCACGUAUCAGCUCAUGAAAGCGAACAGCAUAAAGCCGGCAGCAGCCAUGACUCAGAAUCUCUUAAUAAUCAUCAAUUUGAAAGUUUCUUUCCAUUUAAUUACGAAGACAACAGUCUUCAUAGUCUCGUUGAUGCUGCCAAUCUUGAUCUUCUCGGAGUACCAUCAAAUCCUUACAAUUUCGCGUUCAGUCCUCAAGCAAAUUCAAUUCCACAUCUUCAGCCAAUGCAAACACAAGAAAACGUAUACACUGUAAGUUCUUCAUCGAGUCCUCAUGAAGAAGAAUCUAAAAACGACUCAGAAUCCAAAAAAUCAAAUUCUGAUUCCGAAAAAGAGUCAGAAAAGAAGGAAACAGACUCACAAGGGGAAUACUACUCCUACACAGAAGAGGAAGAGACCGAAUCUGAGAAAGAAAAACCACCUCAACCUCUCAAAACUAAAUAUAGUUCCCAAAAGUACCAAGAAGACAUCGACGAAGAAGAAAUCGAGAGGCAGAACAAGAAGUCUCGCGAGGAAGAAGAGGAAGAAGAGGAUUAUUACGAAAAUGCCGAAGAAGAAGAAAAUAAUUCUGCAGAAGAGGAAGAAAGACGUCCUAAAGUAGCUCUUAAACGUGCUCUUACACCUCCUAUGAUACUUCAUCAACAAUCUAAACAAAGUUAUGAGGAAGGUUACGAAGAAGAAGAGGAAGAAGAGGAAGAGGAAGAAAGCGAUAGAAAGCAUGUGGCCUAUAAAGCUAAUUACGGUCGAAAGUCAAUGUUUACACCAGCUAUGAGGAAUAAAUACCAAAAUGUAAAGUCAGAAUCCGAAAAAAGUGACAACGAUGAAGGAAGUGACUACACAUCACAUGGGGCCAAAUCUAAUGUAGCCAUGAAAAGAGUUAUGAAUGGAACACAUUCUGACGAAAAUGAAGAAGAAACUGAGGAAGAAGAAAAUAAUUCGGAAAUUGAAGAGGAAGAAAGCAAAGAAGAAGAGGAAACAGAGAAACAGGAGUUAGAAGAACCCAUAAAGAGACGUCCUUAUGCUUCAAAGAGCGAAGUAAUGAGUUAUCUGACUAAUGACCACAGUUUGAGCUCAACUCAUACAGAUAAUGAAGGAAAUAAGGGUGAAGUGGUCGAAUCUACUCAAAUUCCACAAGCUCCGGCAAAAUUUGUUUUCCCAACCCUUCCAACUCAGCCAAAUCCACCUAUGUUCACUAUAAACACAUUCAACUUCGGCAGAAAACCAAAUCGAGAAGAGAAUCAUAAUGAAAAUGACGCAAUUAAAUUAAUUUAUGAUAUUCCUCAUUCAGGUGAAGAAAAUAAGCACGAAAUAGUUGUUCCACAUCAUGAAGAAGAGGAUAAUGAAUCAGAAUCUAACAAAGAAACAGAAAAUGAGGAAGAAGAAAAACAUAUUGAAAUUUCCGACCACGAAGAAGAGGAAACAAAACAUGAGGAUGAAAUUUCUGAGACCAAAGAUGAGAAAGAGAAUGAAACCAAUUCAGAAACAGAAAAUCAAGAAAAAUCAGAAAAUGAAGAAGAAGAAACAAAACAAGAAAGCGAAGAACUAACUCAUGAAGAGGACAAAGAAGAAAACAGUGAUUCAGAAUCCGAAAAAGAAAAUAAUGUUGAAAAUAUUCAUCAGGAAGAAGAAUCAAAGCAAGAAACCACUGUUUCUGACCAUAGUAACUCUAUUAAUGAUACAAACAACUCCGAAAUUCAUCAAAAUGAAGAUGAAAUUGAAAAUCACGAAGAAGAGGAAGAAAAUGAGCCAAAACAACAAAACACUGGUUCAAAUCAUAACGAAGAAGAAGAGGAAAACAAUGAAGAAAACGAAAAAGAAGAAAAUCUUCAGAUAUCUCAUUCUGAAGAAGAAGAAACUCAAAAAGAAGUUAAUAAAUCCACUGAAAAUGAACAUUCUGAUCAUGAAAAUGGUCAAAACGAAGAAGAAGAAAGAAAUGAAGAAAAUAUUUCGGAAAACAAGGAAAAAUCAAUUGAAGAAUCCGAAAACAAUCAAGAGAAUGAAGAGAUAAAUCAUCAAAACGAAGAAACUCCAACAAAAAUCGAAAUUCCUCACUUAGAAAACCAAAUUUCAGAAGAAAACAAGCAAACAACUGAUACAGAGCACAGUGAUGAACCACAACUUUUAGAAGAAGCACAAAAUGAAGCUGAAAAUCACCCAAUUUCAGAUAUGUUCCAAAAUAUUCAGGAAAUUGAUCAAAUCCAACAUAAUGAUGAUCAAAACCAUGAACAAGAAGCUGCAAAACAAGAAGAAAACCAUAAUAACAUAGAAAUUGAACAAAUUUCAAUUCCAAUUUCGAAAUUACCACUUGAAAAUGAACAAAAUGUUGAAGAAUUACCACAACAGCACGAUGAAGAACCAAUUGAUCAUGAAAAUGAUCAGAUCCAAGGAAUUUUCACCGAUCACCACUCAGAAAACGAAGAAAAUUCACUUAAACCAAGUGAAAUUCCACAAACCAUUAUAAACAUUCCGGAAUACAAUGAAAAUAUGUCUUCUUUAUCAGAAAACAAGUCAAAUAACGAAGAAACUUCUUCAACUCAACAAAUAUCGAUUCCGAACGACCAUCAUGACUUGUUUGACUUUGCUAUUUACUUGGAUCCAAUCAAUUCCACGUUAGCUUUGCCAGAACAACCAAAAUCAGUUGAAAUUUCUCAUGAUUCAACAAAAGAAGACAAUAAAGAGGGUGAAAAAGAAGAAAUCACGAUUUCUCUUGGUAAUUCAAAUGAAGGAUCCGAAAAUGAACAAAUUCACAAAGAAAAUGAAAAAAAUUCCAACGGAUUCGAAUGA